AUGCUGCUCCUCGCGAUCCCCGCUUGCCCCUCCUUUCAAACUGUUCUUCCCUUGCUGCUUGCUCUGUUAGUCGUGUAUCCCGUAUCCCUUUGCGGAACGGAGAGAGCGAACCGGUUCAAAUCAGUCACGCGCCUCGUCUUCCUACCUGAUAACGAGUACAGCUCGAAAUGCCUCGACGGAAGUACCCCCGCGUACUACUUCCGCGCGGGGGCGGGCGCGGGGAGGCGCAAGUGGCACGUGCAUCUGCCCCAGGGCGGCUGGUGCUUCUCGCCGCUCGAGUGCCGCGAGCGCGCCAACUCCCCCCUUGGCUCCUCGCGCUUCUGGGCCACGCGCCUGCCUGCCGUUGUUGAAAACGGCGGAAAGAUCAACAAUGCAUCCGAGUCGUAUCCACAGCUGGGCGGGCUCCUAUCACAGGACAGCGCAACCAACCCCUUGUUCCACGGGUGGAACCUGGUGUGGGUGGUGUACUGUGACGGUGGCGCCUACAGCAGCACGCGGGGGAGGGCGGACCUGGGGGAGGGCGCAUCGGUGUACAUGCAGGGGCGGCAGAUUCUAGAUGAUAUUAUAACUGAUCUGUGCACGCAGAGGGGCAUGGGGGCGGCGUCGCAUGUCCUCUUCUCGGGCAGCUCAGCGGGCGGCCAUGCCAUCAUCAUGCACUGCGACCGCCUCGCUGCUGCCUUCCCCCACGCCAAAGCCACCUGCCUUGCCGACUCGGGCUUCUUCGUUGACGCCAAGGACCGCUUUGGGGUGUACUCGUGGCGGGAAUCCAUUCGGCAGCUCACCGCUCUGCACCUCAUUGAAGUGCACAAGCGAGGGACUACUGGGUUUGCUUCUUCCCAGUCACUGCGUCAUCAUGUUGCUCUCCUACCCCCCCCUCCCCCCACCCCCUCCACACACACCCCCUUCCUUCCUGCUUCUGUCCGCCUCAGGAUCACAAGAGAGUGA